CUACACGCUCGUGUGGUAUCUUUUGAAGCGUUCCCACGAAGUGUACAUCAGGCUCCUAGCAAUAUAUCAAGAAACACGACCUAAAACACUUGGUAAGUGUAGAGUUGGUCCAUCAAGCGGCAACGCACAAGCGCACGGACUCGCCAACUGAGGAGACGCAUCAGGAACCAGUAUUAUCUCAACAAGCAUAUCUAAGGAGAUUGGAUCUUUUUCAAACUUCAAUACUUUGUCCAGGUCUCUAGCUAAUCAUCACUGACUAUAGCAUGAAGAAGACGGCAAAUUCAGCUCUGAAGAGGUCGUUCGAGGUGGAGGACGUGGACACCUCGGCCCAUUCCUCCCCCAGCGUCCGCCGGACGCCCAGCUCCGCCCACCGGCCCGCCAUGUCCCCGACCAGCAUCUACUACCGCGAGCUGGGCUCCCCCAGCAGCAACCACCUCUCCUCCGCCACCGCCGGCUCCCCCAAGCCGGGCUUCAAGACCCCCGACCCCGUGUCGCGGCGCUCCGAGCUCUCCAUCGACAUCUCCUCCAAGCAGGUGGACAACGCCACCAGCCCGGGGUCGGUCCGCUUCGGCCUGAAGCGCCCCGAGGUCCUGGGGGGCCACACGGCCAAGACCCCCGAGACGGGGCACAAGAGGGAGGUGACCUUCGCCAAGGGCCCCACCGAGUCCCCCGGGGCCCGCCGGCCGGACAGCGCCCGGACCCCGGAGCCGCUGCCCCACGGCCGGAAGGUGGAGCCCCCCAGCCCGGGGACGGACGGACCCAGGAUCAGCAUCACCCGGGCCCACUCGGAGGUGAGCGGGAACAACGGGAACCACCACCACCACCACCCGGCCGUGCACCACCCGGCCCACCCCAACCCCCACCACAACACCAUCGUCACCACCAUCCGCUGUCCCUCGCCCAAUCAGGUCGGACGUACCAAGUCCCCCAACCCAGACAGGUCAGAGGUCAACACGAGUCACAGCAACAUGUCCGAGUCGACCAAGUCGCCCCACCUCCACCAGGCCGGCGCCCACCCGCCGCAGACCAAAGGGGACAAGCAUGGCGCCGAUUUCAGCUACGUGGGCAUCGACGCCAUCCUGGAGCAGAUGAGGAGGAAAGCCAUGAAGCAGGGCUUUGAGCUCAACAUCAUGGUUGUGGGGCAGAGUGGUCUGGGGAAAUCCACCCUGGUCAACACCCUGUUCAAGUCCAAGGUUAGCCGCAAGUCUGUCCUGCCCGACCCUGAGGAAAGGAUCCCCAAGACCAUCGAGAUAAAGUCCAUCAGUCACGACAUUGAGGAGAAAGGCGUGAGGAUGAAACUGACAGUCAUCGAUACCCCCGGCUUCGGGGACCAGAUCAACAACGAGAACUGCUGGCAGCCAAUCAUGAAGUUCAUCAACGACCAGUAUGAGCAGUACCUGCAGGAGGAGGUCAACAUCAACAGGAAGAAGAGGAUCCCAGACUCCAGAGUGCACUGCUGCAUAUACUUCAUCCCACCUACAGGACACUGUCUGAGGCCUCUGGAUGUGGAGUUCAUGAGGAGGCUCAGUAACGUGGUCAACAUCGUUCCCGUCAUCGCCAAGGCGGACACGCUCACCCUCGAGGAGAGAGACAGCUUCAAACACACGAUCAGGGAGGAGCUGCGAGCCAAUGGGAUCGACGUGUACCCUCAGAAGGAGUUUGACGAGGACGCCGACGACAGGAUGAUCAACGAGAAGAUCAGGGAGAUGAUCCCAUUCGCUGUGGUGGGGAGUGACCAGGAGUACCAGGUCAACGGCAAGAGGAUUCUGGGAAGGAAAACCAAGUGGGGCACCAUAGAAGUGGAGAACAUUGCGCACUGUGAGUUUGCCUACAUGCGAGACCUGCUCAUAAGGACACACAUGCAGAACAUCAAGGACAUCACCAGCAGCAUUCACUACGAGGUGUAUCGUGUGCGCAGGCUAAACGAGUCCAACACUCAUCCCAUCGCCCUGCCCAAUGGCCAGCCCAUCGCUCCACCCAAUGGCCAGACAUCCGCUCCGCCCAACGGCCAGCCCAUUGGUCAACCCAACGGCCAACCCAACACACAGCCCGUCACGGCACAGCCCGUCACGGCACAGCCCGUCACGGCACAGCCCAACGGCGUAGCCCAGCAACACAAAGUCAUGUCCAACGAGAUGUAGGCGUCUCGACAGCCACGAGACCACCUCAGCAUUUUACAUUUUGAUCAAACACACACACACAUUGAGCAUAUAAAGCCUAACUUGCUAGAAACACACACACACAUUCUCACACACACACACAUUGAGCAUAAAAAGCCUAACUUGCUAGCAACACUCUCUCUCUCUCACACACACACACACACUGUGGGCCCAGUUUGACCCAUCCUUGCUGGCUGGUAGACCCAGUGUCAUUCAGUUCACAAUACACAGCCCCCCCCCCCCCCCCCCCCCCCUCAAAGAGGCAAACAUUUCAAACUGUUACUCUAGACUGUCAAAAAGCCAGCUUCACACCUUCAAUAUAUAGACCAGAGAUUAUAGGUAUAGAUGAUAACACCCCACGAUGAUGUUGAUGAUGAUGUGCCAUAGUCUAACAGUAUAACAUAGAUAUACCACUGUUCUACCUAGCUAGACUGCAACAGCGAGGUUGAACUGUUUUACACUGCCCAGUUGGAACAGGAAAGAGAUGUUACAAAGAAAGUGUGGCACAUUCAAUCGUAUGGAUUAGCAGAACUAGAAAAGCAGUCGUCGUUGGCCAGAUCUACCUUUGCGGCGUGCCGGACGUCGCUGUGCAGACGAGGGCGUGUUGGGGACGAUGGGUUCCAGUUGUAUGAAAGGGGCGGGUGGAUUUCGACACAUCUGCACUGUGUGACGUCACGGUGUGACGUCACGGUGUGGAGUAGCUUUGGCAUCCCAUGUGUCUCUUUUACCGUUGUAUUUUCGUAAAGUGUUUUUUUUCUUUUCUUUCUUACGUUCUCCGUGCCAAACCAACCUGUCUAUACUUUUAUGCCGCCGGGUGUUUUUUUUUGCGCGUCGGGCUCAUUCGUUUGUGCUGUGCUUUUUGACAUGACUCAUUUACUAUUGUGCUGGUGUUAAGAUAUUAUUGUGCUGGUGUUUCUGAUGAUGGUGGGGUGGGUGUGGAACAUGGACGUGCAUGGAGCCAUCCUACUCUUCCUCCUCUUGCUGUCCCCUGUGUACAUCCCAAAUAAACGGUCCUUUCUGUUUUCAAGACAAGCAAAUACACACAUUUGAUUUAUUACAUUGUAUUUGUGUGCAUCCUGGUAGGAGCCCUCAUACAAGGCACGCAAUCCAAUUUGAAAUGACCAAGACUGGUUGAUUUGUGAAGAAUGUGCGCUCUUGCUCCACCUGAAAUUGUUUUUAGUCGAGCCAUUGUGUUUUAUGUCCAUAGUGUCCAUAGUGUCCUAAACACAGAACCCCUGGUUCUGUGUUUUGGGCUCCUGUGGUGACAUGCAGAAGUAGCCAAUCAGCUUGCUGUGUACAGUGUUCCAUCUGCCUCAGACCUGCUGUCAUAGGGUGCUUAGAGGACAGCCCCUGAUAGGCCUACCCUUUAAAAGUGUGCAAGUGUGCAAAAGAUCAUUACUGUCCACCACCAGAUAUAUCUACGAUGUGAAUAUCUGUCUGUAGCAGUAGGCUUACAAGUAGGAGAGUGUAGGCUUAUCUAAUCUUUUGUUUCUUUCAUCUCCAUGCAUACCUGUGUACCUGAUAACUUGUAACGCCCUGAUGAAACAACAGCUCCAAAUAGCCAUUCAACCAUACAAUUAUUAUAUUCAGCGUAACAUUCAAUUUACAUGUUUCCCAGAAGACUAUUGAGUGAUCCGUCUGUUACCUGAAAGAUAUUAUUCGUAAUAGCUUAUGUUUACUGUUGUAUAGUUUUCGUGUAAUUUGUUAUUAGAAUACGGUUUAUCUUUGAUAUGCAUAUCUCAAAGAGAUAAAGAUUGAUAUUUUUAUUGUU